AUGAAGAGAAAACUCCAACAAGCAAAAUCAUCGAGUGCAAGUCAUGAAGAUUCAACCAAUCAUGAUUCCGAGUCUUUGGUGAAGAACAAUCCAGAACGAUAUGGAUUCACAAAAACAGCAUCAUCAAUCAAAGACUUACCUCAAGUUGAAUUUAAUGAUGAAGAAGAAGAAAUUGAACAACACAUUUCUUCUUCAGAUGAUGAAUCUUCGGAAGCAAUUUCAUCUCGUGGUGCAGAACAAUUAAAUAACAAAUCCAGCAGCUCUUCAUCAGUGAGUAAUACCGAUGAUGAAAAUGAUGAUGUUUAUCUGAGUGAUGAAGAAGAUAUUGAAAGAGAGGAAGAUGAUCAUCUCCUCGAGGACACAAUUGAUGACAGUGAUGAAGAGGAUGUUAAAGUCUUUGAAAGUUUCACCAAUCUCUCUUCCAUUAAUGAUGAAAAGCCUUUGACUUGGUAUGAAAGGUCUUUGAAAAAGAAUUCUCAACAACAUUCCAAAGAGUCUCAAAAUACUGAGAAGAACAACAGUACUAAAAAAUCUCUCUUUGAUGAUGUCCAUGAUAGUGAUGACUCUUCUGAAGAUGAAUCCAUGAUUAAUACCAUUGGUAAUGUUCCAUUAGAAUGGUAUGAAGAAUAUGACCAUAUUGGGUAUGACAGAAAUGGAAAUAGAAUCUUGAAACGAAAACAAAAAGAUGCAUUGGAUCAUUUAAUUGCUAAACAUGAUGAUCCAAAUUAUUUGAGAACAGUCUAUGAUGAAAUUAAUGAUCGAGAACAUGUAUUGUCGAAUCAAGAUUUAGAGACUAUUAUCAAUGUUGGAGUGAAAGGUCAAUUCCCACCUGGAUAUGAUCCAUACAAGGAUUAUGUUGAAUAUGUCAAAUUAGAUUCUCGUUUUCCUUUAUAUGGUAAUCCAGUUCCCAAAGAACAUUUUCUACCUGAUAAAUCUGAAAGAAAAUUAAUUUCCAAGAUUGCAUUGAGAUUUAAGAGAAAUCCUGCUCUCAUGAAUCAAAUCAAAGAGAAACAAAAGAAAGAAUCUGUCUAUUUAAUGUGGGGUGAAGAUGGACAAAUUAUUGGCGAGAAAAUUGCUCGAAUUGGUAUUCUACCACCUCCUAAAGAGAAAUUACCAGGUCAUAAUUUAUCCUACAAUCCACCACCUGAAUAUAUUCCUGAAAAGGCUAAAGAAGGAAAAGAAUUCAAAUACAAGAUUUAUGAAUCGUUGAGAAGUGUUCCAGUCUAUGACAAGUUUAUUCAAGAACGUUUUGAACGAUGUAUGGAUUUGUAUUUGGCACCUCGUGUUCAACCCACGAAAAAGAAGUAUAUUGAAGAUCCCGAUACCUUACUUCCUCAAUUACCUCGUCCUGAACAAUUAAGACCCUAUCCAGAAAUACAAUCACUCAUCUAUGAAGGACAUGAAGGUAUGGUGAGAAGUAUUAGUGUAGAUCCUACUGGUAAAUGGUUAGUCUCUUGUUCCGAUGAAGAUGGUACGGUACGAUUGUGGGAGGUUGAGACUGGACGUUGUCGUCGUGUUUGGAAUUUUUUGCAUUACAAUACCACCACCACCACGAAUCCUCCAUCAGAGGCUCAACGUGAGGCUUUGACUUCUACUACUACUACUAAUAAUAAUAAUACUACUACUAGUACGGAAGACCGUCCAAACAAUACCACCAACACCAACACCACCACUACUACAAAUCGUGACACGGACAAGAAUGCUCAACAAAAACCUCAACGUGUCGGACUUGAUGGUAAUAUUGAAAAUGUUCCAAAAUGGGUAGAAUGGAAUCCCAAUGCUAAACUUAAUUUAUUUGCUGUGGCUGUGGGUAGUUCAGUGUUUUUAAUUCAACCUGAAGAAAGUGGAAAUGAACUCUGUAAUGAAUUGACUGAAGAGUUAUUCCCUCAGAAGGGAUUUGAUUCUGAACGUAUGGAUGAAUAUGAUAUUUCAGAUGAUGAAGAAGAUGAUCAACAACAAGAAGAAGAAGAUGACAACAACGAUGAACAUGACAACAACAACGAUGAACAUGACAAUGAAGAAGAACGUGAUAUUGAGAGUAAGAGUCGAAAAGGUCGUAAAAUCAAACUCGUCACUUGGAAAUUCUAUCGUCAAACCUCUUCCGAUGCAUCAUCGAUUGUGAAACGAAGAGAUGGUAUCAUGUGUCAAAUUAUUCACAAAUCUCGAGUCACUCAAGUCACUUGGCAUCAAAAAGGAGAUUAUUUUGCAUCAUUGGCACCCAACUCGUACUCUCAAGGAGUUCUCAUUCAUCAAUUAUCUCAUCGUUCUUCACAAAAAGUAUUCAAAGAAAAUGUCAAGGUUCGAAAUGCUUCUCAGAAAUUCAUUCGAGUAUUGUUCCAUCCUAAAAAACCACAUUUUUAUGUUGUGAGUACAUCGAUGGUGAGAAUUUAUAAUUUACAAUCACAAAGACUCUCAAAGAAGUUGAAAGGACAGAAAUGUAAUUAUGUUUCAUCGAUUGCCAUACAUCCCAGUGGAGAACAUGUAUUGAUUGGUGGAUUUGAUGAGAGAAUGGAAUGGUUUGAUUUGGCCAUAUCUUCACAUCCUUACAAGACGAUGAGAUUUCAUUCACGUGCCAUUCGAUGUGUGGAUUUCCAUAAGAGAUAUCCUCUUUUUGCAACCUGUAGUGAUGAUACCACAUGUAAUGUGUUUCAUGGACAAGUCUAUCCUGAGGAUUGGACUAAGGAAACCAUGAUUGUACCUGUCAAGAUUUUACGUGGACACAAGAAACGAUCUCAUUUGGGUGUAUUGGAUUGUAAAUUCCAUCCCAUUCAACCAUGGAUAUUUACUGCUGGAAGUGAUAAGACGAUUCGAUUGUGGACAUCUUAA